AUGGGAAAUCCCAAAUCCGAAUUAGAUCUUUUAAAACAAGAGAACGCCAGGCUUUUGGCUGAGAAUACUGAACUUAGAAAAGAGAAUGCUAAAUUAAGACAAGAUAUAGAAGGGCACGAGACCAGAAUCACGAAACUAGAACAGGGAGAUAAAAGUAUUACUAAAGUUCCACAAUCUUCAGUAAAUUCCAACGAUACUCCUGAACAGAUAGUUUCACGAUGCGAUGGUACCCCAGUAUCUGAUAUAUCUGAUAACACUUCAAAUUCUGUGACUGCCUUUGGUAAUGAUACUCCUACAUCCGAUAUAUCUGAUAAUGCUUUAAAUUCUGAUGUAUGUCUGGAAGAGACGAAGUCUAAAGUCUCCGAUAUACCUUUAACCCGAUGCUCUGGAUCUCCUAUUCCUGCAGAAACCAUAACAUUGGAAGAGAAGGAAGAAAAUGAAUUUCUGAAUUUGCAGUAUAAGGAACAGGUUAGUAAAGAGAUAAUGGAGAGAAUUAGGGAGAAGAAACUUCGAGAUCAAGAAUUACUCUCAACUUCUGAAGAUAAUACUUCUAAUAUUUCGCGUGAGCAAAGUUUAAUACAAGAAAAAUGUCAAGAAAUUUCCGUUACCAAAAAUCACGAAAAAUCUUCUGACGAAAUUUCAGAUAUGUCUAGUGAUAAAAUCUCUGGACAAAAUAUCAAACUUAUAGAUUCCCUCGAUAAACCACUAACAAAUCUAAUUGUGGAACAAGAAUUAUAG